CCCGCGAAUACUCAAACAACAGCGCAAACCGCAUGCUUCGCGAAGGUGCUCGUACCUGUUCUGUAGGUGUUUUACUGUCUAGUAGCGUCCAUCUGACCCUCACGGCCAUUCGGUUACCAAUGCAACCGUACAACCAUCACUCACCAUCGCCUCUGCGGCUAUUCCGCGCAAACCUCUCACUCAAAGUUUUCCAUGUGUAGUAGGAACGAACAGUAUAGUAAGUAUCCACUAUCCAACAGAACCCACGUCGGAUUGACGUCGCGCGCCCAGUCAGUCGAUCUCGAACCGUGUCCGUAGAAGGAAGCAAAAGUUUCUUCAUCCAUUCGCGAUAUCGCGAUCCGUGAGUGGUGCUGCGACGUUAUAACAAAGUUUCAUUCACAAGAGAUAUACCAACCCAACCUGCCUACUGGCACUGCUCCAUGUGGCAGUUUGUUUCGGUUUUCAAGUGACUUCACCGAGUGGAUUCCAGUGUAGAAGGCGAACUUGUUGUGUUCCAUGUGCGGUUGAAGAGCUCACAGCGCUUUAAAUCUGGUCACCGACUUCAGAUUGGAAAGGAUAUCCACCGACGCACAAAAGCCUUUCCGGUAGCCACCUGAAGUCCAAACCGCGGUGUGUGUAAAAAAAAGCGGACUGCACCACUACCAAGCAGUUACGGCGUCAUCUACUUACUCCUCAAGUGGGUACUGGCAGAAGUUGAAGAACGCAGAGCGGAAGUUUUUAAAACAACAACAACGACGACGACGACGACGGCUGCAAUAGCAACAACAGCAAUAAAACAGAUCCUCACUAAACCGUCACCAUGGGACUGGGCGGCAGAAUGGACUGCUGCGGGCAGUGUGUCAAGUACAGCAUGUUCAUCUCCAAUUUCGUAAUUUUCUUCGGUGGAGCCAUCGUGUUCGGCCUCGGCAUAUGGACCGUAGUGGAUAAGAACUUCAUCAACGAGCUGCUCGGAACGAAUUUGUUCUCCGGUGCGGUUUAUGUGCUGAUUGCGACGUCUGCGCUAGUGUGCCUACUGUCCUUCUUCGGGUGCAUUGGAGCAGCCAAGGAGUACAAAUGCAUGCUGCUGACCUAUUUCAUUUUGAUUUUCCUUAUUUUCGUGACGAUGCUCAUCGGAGGCAUCCUGGGCUACGUGUUCCGCGAAAAGGUAUCCCAGACCAUGCAACAGGAAAUGCACUCGUCGAUGACGUUCUACGGUGCGUACGGAAAGCGCUCGAUCACCCAAGCCUGGGACAUGACCCAGGAGCGGCUCAAGUGCUGCGGCGUCAAACACUACAACGACUGGCGCGGUUCGAUCCCACAGUCUUGCUGCCAGAAGACUUUCACGGACUACAAACCCUGCCAGGACCACCCGACGCCGGAGAACAUCUACAUCCAGGGCUGCCUGGACAUCACGUCGAACCUGAUACGGGACAAUGCGGCGUUCAUCGGGGCGUCCGGAAUCAUCGUGGCAAUUCUGCUCAUCUUCGGCAUGAUCUUCUCGUGUUCGCUGUUCCGGAUGAUUGAAUAGUACGGCAUUUCUUACUACAUUUAACCGUAACUUGUCAUAAAUAUUUUACCACUUGAUCGCCUAGCGUUGUUCUGAAUAAUCGGAUUACCUACCUGAGAGAGAGCAAAACAAAAGUACAAUGUAAGGGCGUGCCUAUGUUUUUUUUUGUACAUUUAUAAACGGAAUUGAAAGUAACGCAAAGUUUCAAAAUGAAAAUUUCCAACAAACUUAAAUUGAACAAAUAGCGUAUACCUAAUGUGUUGCUUUUAUUGUCAAUGUAUGAGAACUUUUCCAGAAAAAGUUGCCACAGAUCUUCAAUUUCUAAUAGUAUAUAGAAUCUCAUCAAUCGCAUAUGUAAAUAAGGAGAAUGCGGCAUUGCAUUUAUGCUAAAUAAAGCGGAAACGCUACAGAAAUUCAAAAGCACUCAAUCGCAAACAAAUUCUUUAUAAUUAACUUAAAAAUUUUAGUGCGUAAGUUGAUAGAAACUAUUGAUCUGAGAAAACAAAGAUUGUCGAAAAUGAAUCCAUCCACCGGGAAUUGAAUCCGAUGAUAUUCAUUCCAACACAUUCGCCAAUCGAACAUAUUCGUCGCUGCAAUACAUCUGAAUGUCUGUGUCAUUGUGAAAGCCAAUUCUUAAUGAUAAUAAAUACAAACUUAAGGAAAUUUUAA